AUGCUCCGUAUCGCAGCCGUCAUCGCGUUGGCAUGCGUAGUCGAGGGUCGCCCAUUCGAGGACCAAGAAAUCGGCGGCCGGCCGUUAUUCUAUUUGACGCCUAGGGGUCGUCCCUGGCAUCCAUUGUCUAUCGAUAAUACCGACGAUGAGGGGAAGGACAGGCCAAGGCAGAUGAGACGAGCAGCGUCCAUUGAGGAACCAUCUUCAGUCGUUGAGCCGGUCAUCCAGUCCGGAUCGCUCCGCUUUUCCGUCACUCCACUCACGCGACCCUCCUUCUCGAAUUCUAUCACAUUUGAAGCGGCCGAUGGCUUCCGCCACCCCACCAACCGUUUCCGGCACCAUGCCGGCCAACCGGCCUCCAAGACGAGCCUCUCCGAUUUUGUCGUCCGCAGCCCCGGCCAGCGAUUCCAUUUC